CUGCAGCACAGUAACUAAAAAACACAGUACUUCUACAUAGAGAUACCUCAGCUUAUCAAUCUGUCACCAAGACAAAUAGUGUCCAGGGUCCACAAACACAACAGGCUUUUCAUUUCUCAACCCGCAGGUGCCCUGGAUCAGAGAGUGACCGACAGCACUACACCAGACGAACUGGCAGCAGCCCAGCCUGGGCACAGCCCGGCCCAUUGUCUUUGGCAAACUCUGCAUCAACACUAUACAGUUCACUCCUGGGGACCACAGUAUUGGAUGAAAAGAUCAACUCUACAGGGGUCACUGAGUUCCUCCUCCUGGGAUUCUCUGAGGACCCGAGGAUGCAAACCCUCCAUGGCUUCCUGUUCCUCAUGGCUUAUCUGGCAGCCCUGUUAGGAAAUGGACUCAUCAUCAUGCUCAUUACUGUGGAUCCUCAGCUUCACACACCCAUGUACUUCUUCCUGAAGAACCUGUCACUCAUAGAUCUCUGCUACAUUUCUGACACUGUUCCUAAAUUUGCUCUCAACUCCCUGAUGAACAGGAACACAAUAUUCUUCCUUGGGUGUGUCUUCCAGGUGCUGUUCCUUGUGACUUUUGCUUCUUCUGAAAUAGCCAUCCUCACAGUGAUGUCCUAUGACCGCUAUGUGGCUGUCUGCCGUCCGCUGCACUAUGAGAUCAUCAUGACCAAGGGGGCCUGUGGGCGGAUGGUGGUGGCGUCAUUCAUCAGUGUGGGGGUCUAUGGAGCCAUGCACACUGCCCCGACUUUUCCCACAACUUUUAGGUUCAAUAAGAUCCAUCAUUUCUUCUGUGAUAUCCCUCAGAUUAUUUUGAUUUCAGAAACCAAAAUGAAUAUAAAUGAAGCGGCAGUGAGUGCAUUUAGUGCAAGUAUUGCACUGGUUUGUUUCCUCUCUAUUUUAUAUUCCCAUGUGCACAUCUUCUCCGCCAUCUCCAGGUUCUCCUCCCUGGAGGACAGGUCCAAAGCCCUCUCCACCUGCCUCACUCAUGUGAUUGUUGUGACUGUGUUUCUUACAACAGCUGCCUUGGCCUACCUGAAGCCAGCCUCUGAAUUGAGGUCAGACCUAGAUAUCACUCUAUCAGUCUUUUACACAGUGGUGCCUCCAUCAGUGAAUCCCAUCAUUUAUAGCCUUAGAAACAAGGACAUAAAAUUGACUGUGGGGAAAGUCCUUGGAACUGUAUCAUUAAGUCAAAUUAAAUAUGUUUGAUUAUUUUAGGGAGAAGUCCCUCCUUAGUUCCAAGAUACAUCAUUUUCAAAUUUUACCAUUUAAAUAAUGGGGAUGUAUCUUAAAAUUAUUGUAGUAUUUUAUCCACUCAUGAAUGUUCUUCAGACACAUGGAAAUAACACCUGGAGAUAUCAGUGGAACACAACUAUUGUGGUAUGUUUGGGGUAGUGGCUAACAAAAUUUAUUUAGCAAUAUUAAUAAAAUAUUUCAAAGUAAUCUAGAAUCCCUACUUGCAAAGCCAGCAUAAGAGGAUAUUAAUAAUAUUUUUAUUUAAUAAAAUAGUUCUACCAUGGGGGUAGAUUGAAAGCAGCCACCAGAUGCAGCAGCCAGGGCCAGCAGGCUUCUAGCAAGAAAAAUGGUUCCCCCCAGCCUGUGCUUUCCCUGGAAUUAUUUCAGUUUGACCAGUCUCACAGGGGAUUCACUCCAGGCUGGAACACCCUUCCCCCAAGAGCUACACAGAGGAAAACAACUUUAUGACCUUGGGGUUGGGAAAGAUUACGUACACAAAACAAAGAAGCAAUAAUUAUAACCUAAGUAAUGAAGGUACUUAAGAUUUUAUUAAUUUUGAAAGAUAUCACAAAAGUAUCAGAAAACAAGUAGCCAAGCAUUGUCACUCUAAGAAAAGCUGCAUAAAUGACAGAGAGGGGGGA